AUGACGGACGACAAUUCAACACCGAAGGCUCCUUCGUACAACACAUUGUUUGAGGAAGUGCGCGCGUUGACCGAAAGGUUACAAGCACUCGAAAGUGCCUCCUCUGCACAACAGCUGCCUAUACAAAAUAAUGUCUCCUCAGCCGCCACCUCAAUCGACUACCGCAUACUCCCGGAUGUGGGAACGUCCAUCUGGUCGUUCACCGGACACGAGUCGAGCAGCCAAGCGGAGGAUUGGAUCAGCUCUGUGGACGGGAUGGCUCAGGUCAACCAGUGGCCCUUACGACACCAUUUGCAAUACGUUCGAUCGCACAUCUCGCAAGCCGCGCGGAGUUGGUACCUGUUGGAAGAGUUCCGGGAUUGGGACACCUUCGUCCGGAGGUUCAAAACCACGUUCGUACGCACGUUGCGUAAGGCCGAUCUGUGGCGUGAACUCGAAGCCCGAAUUCAAGAGCCGAACGAGCCCACCAUUGAUUAUUUCUAUGCAAAACUCGGGUUGUGCCACUCGCUUGAUUUGACGUUCGCUGAUACGCGGGAAUACGUCGUCGAGGGACUGAGGUCGCAAGCCCUGACCGACUGGGUCUACAGUCGUACUCACCUCAACCGCGACGAUCUUUUAUCGGACAUUCGAGAUUGGGAACGUAUGCGCACCAAGAGAAAAGAAAAGUUCGAGGCCGCCGGGUCGACGUUUUCCAAACCCCGUAAACCGAAGGCCACCACCGAACAGCCUAGUGCGAAAUCGACUAGCGUCGCACCCGCUGUUCUGCCGAAAACGACGUCUGGCGCGGUCGCUGGAUUGUCGACGUCCGAGCCCGAACUGAAAACGGACGCGUCGAGGGACCGUCCGACGAUUUAUUGUUAUAAUUGCCGUGGUACGGGACAUAUCAGUAAGGAUUGCCCGAAACCAAGACGACCGAUUAAGUGUUCUAACUGUAGCUCCAAUCAGCACACACGCGGCCGAUGCCCGGAGGUCGCUGAACGUUCUGAGGGCGCGUCCGCCGCCGAUCAUGCGUACCGUGUCGACGCAAGUUCGAGCACAAGGCCGAAAAAUCCGUUUUCAAAAACCGUGUUGGUUAACGGACAUGCCGUAACCGGCCUGAUCGACUCGGGCAGCUCCGCUGUGUUGAUACGUUUAUCGAUAGCCCGCGAGUGCGGUAUCGACGUACGCGACGCCGUGUGUCCACUGUACACCGUAGGAAAUGCCGAUAAACCUGGUGCGACGACGAUCGGCGAAGGCUUCGCCGACGUCACCGUCGACGAGGUGCUGGGAGCUGACCACGUUCUGAAGGUUGUGCCUGACAACGCGAUACCUGUUGACGUGUUGGUCGGUCGCACAUGGCUUAACCUCCCGCACGUAAAUUACUCAAAACAAGCGGGUGAAAUUGUUUUUGAAUCAAACAGCUGCGUGUCCGUCGACGCACUCGCCAAGACGUAUGUCGCCGGCGACGACAAAAUCUACGUCGCGGAAACCGAACAGCAGCCGCCCACGAAGGAACCCAUCACAGUCGACGACGUUGUGUUCGACGCCAACGUGACGGAGGUUCAACGCGAAUCGCUGAUCGAGCUACUAAACGAAUAUCGCGACGCCUUCGCGAAAAAUAUUAAGGAGCUCGGCUGUACGAAUGUAAUUUCGAUGGACAUCACGGAAAUUCCUGAUAGCACUCCGGUUAAUCUCAAGCCAUAUCGAACGUCACCCUCCGACCGCCGCUUGAUCGCUGACACGAUUCGAGACUGGAAGGAAGCAGGUAUCGUGAGCGACUCGACCUCCCAGUACGCCAGCCCAGUGCUCUUCGUUAGCAAGUCGUCGGGUGAAAAGCGACUAUGUGUGGAUUACCGACGUCUGAACCAACAAACCAUGAACCAGCCGUACCCAAUGCCCGACGUGGAUUCGCAGCUCGGUGCACUGUCUCACGGCGUGAUUUUUACAGUCCUGGAUUUAUCCAACGGAUUUCUGCAAGUGCUGCUUACCCCCGCGGCCAAAGAUAAAACAGCGUUCGUCACCGAAGAGUCGACCGCCAAGUUUGAGCGCAUGCCUUUUGGGUUAAAGGGUGCGCCGGGGACGUUCCAGAAAAUGAUGGGAAUCGUAUUCGAAAAUUUGAAGAAGGACGGAGUUUUGAGCACGUAUUUGGACGACAUCAUACUACCGUCGAAAAAUUGGGAGCUGAUGAUGAGCGAUCUGCGUCGAGUCUUAAGCGCUUUACGCGACGCAAACCUCACGCUCAAACCAUCGAAAUGCAAGUUCGGUGCCCGUGAGCUCGAUUAUCUGGGCUUCCGCAUUUCUGAAGGGACCGUCAAGCCAGGUCGCAAGGUGCACGUGAUCGCCGAGUUCCCACGUCCAUCCGAUGCUCACGAAGUCCGACGGUUUUUGGGUCUAGCUGGCUACUUCUGGAGAUUUAUAGUGAGAUACGCCCAAAUCGCGGCCCCGCUCACACAGUUGACCGGUAAGGACGUGCCAUUCGACUGGUCUCAGGAACGGGAAGAAGCUUUUACCACCCUCCGGGAAGCUCUGUGUAAUGAGCCCGUGGUCAGCAUGUACGACCCUAACGCCGCCGUCACUCAAGUGCACACGGAUGCCAGCAGCCACGCGCUGUCCGGCAUAUUAUUACAAGGUGACACCGCGACGACGUUACACAUGGUAUACGCCGUGAGUAAGAGAACGACUUCCGCCGAGUCAAAGUAUCAUUCGUCCCGCCUAGAAUUAUACGCGAUAAUUUGGACCCUUAACCGUCUACGUCAGUUUUUAUUGGGUGUCAAGUUCGUCGUGUACACUGACUGUCAGGCUCUGGUCUACCUGAACCUACAUAAGACAGUUAAGCCGCAAAUAGCCCGCUGGUACGAGGUGCUCCACGAGUACGAUUUUGAGAUAAGAUAUCGUCCGGGAACACGCAUGGCCCACGUCGACGCCCUUUCUCGAGCGACCGACGACGAGACGGAGUCGAGAUCCGUCGACGUAGAGCUGACUGAGCGACUCGAAGUGUGCGUCGCCCUGACGAAAGAAGAACGAGUUCGUUUUAUGCAGCAAGCUGACGAACGAUCAUGCAGGUUAAUUGAACUCCUCGAAGUCCACGGUAAACUCACCAAGCAGGAGAAAAACGAGGUCGAGAAUUACGAGCUGUCCUCGGGUGUCUUAUACCGACGAUAUAAGGGACGCACGCUGCUGGUAAUCCCAAAAUCAAUGAGAAAAAGUAUUGUUAUCGAAGCUCAUGACCACGGAGGUCAUUUCGCCGUCGAUAGAACCGUGGCACGAAUUACCGCCGACUACUGGUUUUCGUGUCUUCGCCGUUACGUACGUCAACACAUCGCUAUGUGCAUCGACUGUCUCACACAUAAGCGCCCUUCCGGCAAGAGGCCCGGAAUGUUGCACCAAUACCGCCAGGACGACGUCCGUUUCAAAUUAUACACGUCGACCACCUGGGGCCGUUCGAGACAUCCACAGCGAACAAUAAGUAUUUGUUAG